CCCAAAAACUAAAACCAAAUAAUAUUUUUUUUACUUCAAAAAAAGAAAAAGAAAAAACAGAAAAACAAACAAACCUUCUGUAAAUUCUGAUUUCUGACGACUCAAUAUUUUCUCUCUCCUCAUCUUCCUCGUUCCCCUCAAAGCAAUACAAUAAAAUCAGAAUCUCUGCAUGUUGUUGUUAAUUGUUGCGUUACCAAAAUACAAAUACAAACCCAGUAAAUCUUUUAAAGUGCCCGCAAUAUAAUACCUUAGUCUUACGUUUCCCUACGCCAACAGAUUUCCUCUUCUAUAAAUUCAUUCCUAUCCCAACACACCUCUAAAAAACAACAACAACAACAUCACAAAAGAAAAAGAGAGAAAAAAUGGCCACCAAGUUGUUCUUGAUAGCUAUAGCAAUAUACAGAUUGAUGGUAACAGUGGGGCUCACAACGCUCGGCCCAAAUGAGCUACUCCACCUCAGCACGAACCGUGCUGAGGUGGAGGCGGCGUCCGUGGAUUUCGGACGCCUCACUCAGGCGGAACCCGUGGCUGUUUUCCACCCGAGGUCCGACGUUGACGUAGCGGAUUUAGUUAAAUCUGCCACGACCUCAACGGCGGGGUUCACGGUUUCUGCCCGUGGACAUGGGCAUUCCAUCAACGGGCAGGCCCACACGACGGACGGGGUGGUGGUGGAGAUGGGCAGAAGAGGGGAUGUGAAUGGGCCGAGUAGGCCCAAGGUGAAUUUGAGAGAAGAGUAUGUGGAUGUGUGGGGAGGGGAGUUGUGGGUGGAUGUGCUAAGGUCUACGUUAGAGUAUGGACUCGCACCUAGAUCAUGGACGGAUUAUUUGUAUCUAACGGUGGGAGGGACGUUGUCUAAUGCUGGGAUCAGUGGUCAAGCAUUUAAUUAUGGCCCUCAGAUUAGUAACGUCUUUGAGCUUGAUGUUGUUACAGGAAAAGGAGAGCUGGUAACAUGUUCAAAUAAAAUAAAUUCGGAGCUAUUUCAUGCGGUGUUAGGAGGUCUAGGCCAAUUUGGUAUCAUCACUCGUGCUAGAAUUGCCCUUGAACCCGCUCCUCAACGGGUGAGAUGGAUAAGAGUGUUGUACUCGAAUUUCACGGAGUUUACAAAGGACCAAGAGUACCUAAUAUCAUUGCAUGACAAACCAAGUAGCCAAAAGUUUGAUUACGUGGAAGGUUUUGUUAUAGUUGAUGAAGGUCUACUUAACAAUUGGAGAUCCUCAUUUUUCUCACCUAAAAACCCUGUUAAGAUCUCUUCCCUCGGCGCCUCCAACAAUGGAGAUGUCUUAUAUUGCUUGGAGAUCACCAAGAAUUACUUCGACUCCUCCGAAUCGGUAGAUCAGGAAAUAGAUGCAUUAUUGAAGAAGCUUAACUUUAUACCAGCAUCAGUAUUCACAACCGAUCUUCCCUAUAUUGAUUUCUUAGACCGGGUUCACAAGGCCGAGUUAAAACUGCGGUCCAAGGGUUUGUGGGAGGUGCCACACCCUUGGCUAAACCUGUUUGUCCCUAAAUCAAAGAUUGCUCAAUUUGACAAAGGGGUCUUCAAGGGCAUCUUGGGAAAUAAAACUAGCGGACCAAUUCUCAUCUAUCCCAUGAACAAACACAAGUGGGAUGAAAGGACUUCGGUUGUGACACCAAACGAGGAAGUGUUCUACUUGGUAGCAUUGCUUAGAUCGGCACUUGAGAAUGGGGAAGAGACACAAACCCUAGACUACUUGACUCAUCAGAACCGCAGGAUUUUGAACUUCUGCGAGGAUCACAACAUUGGUGUUAAGCAAUAUUUGCCUCACUACACCACACAACAACACUGGAUUACUCAUUUCGGAGAUAAAUGGAGCCAUUUCCAGAAAAUGAAGACGGAAUUUGAUCCUAACCAUAUAUUAGCAACCGGACAACGUAUUUUCAGACCCAUCCUUGAUGUCAAUAAUGUUGCUUUAAGAUGACGUACUAUUAUUAUUAUCAUCAAACAUAGUUUACUCAGAUUAGUAUACCACCAAUUAAGUCUCAAUGACAUAGCUAGCUAGCUAGGCUGACUUGAAUAUAAUUUAGUCAGAUUAGUAUACCCACCAAUUUAGUCUGUUUCAUUGACAUAGCUACUUUGUACACACAAUUAGGGAUUACUCAAAUACUACUAGGGAUUUAAUUUAACAAUUUUAAGUAUCGUCUCAAUAUUGAAAUGUUACAACUUAACUAUUCUGAAA